AUGAUGCUACACGAACAACAGAUUCGUCAUGUUCAACACUACAAAUAUCUGGAUGUUGUAUUGUACGAACCACUGUAUCACACCAUGCGACUGGACUAUAAUCAGGUUGCUGUAUCCAAUAGCAUGUUGGCCGUGUCCGGUUCUUGCAAACCACCAACUCACAAUCAACUUUCAGACACGAAUAUUCUUGGCAGUCAUUCUAUUAAUGGUCAUGUAUGCACUGGAUCUGGUUGGCGGUUGGUGGUAACUUGA